AUGUUCCGGAAACCGUUUACUCGUAGAAGUGAGGUGUCUCUGCGGAAUACGGAAAAGUUAGUCGCCUUGUUACCUCUUCAACUUAUUAGUCUACUAAUAGUUGAAGGAAAGACACUGCUGUCUGAUUUGCCAACACCUAUCGAUGGUAUCACUACAAAAUCUUCAAUUUCCUUAGUGCGCGUCGUAUGCCAUGAUGGAUCAUUUGCAAGUGUUUUCACUUUUGAGAAAGAACCGCUGUUGUUUUAUUUUCCGAAUAACAAAAUACUGUUCCCAACCGUUUACCUUACAAGGAAGGCACCGGAAACGUUUCCUGUACUCGUAAUUAAUAGAUUGGUGUUCGAAAAAUUACAAAAUGGAGCAGAUCUAUUUCUUCAAGGUGUAAUAAGACCAUUACGGAAAACUAAGGAAUUUGGUAAACACGAACCAAUCGCAAUAUCUGUACAAACGUCAUCAAAUGAGAUUUGGGGUCCAGUAGCUGUUGGAUAUUCCUUAAUAUCAUCAAUGGAAAUGAUUGCCAGUGGUAUGCAAGGGCCUGGUGUUCGUGUGGUUCAUUUCUAUGCAGACUAUCUGUGGUUAGUUCUUGGUGCGAAAAUGGGAAGUCUAACUCAGCCUUUGACGGUUACGGUAAAUGAAUCUUCCACAAUUCCUACGUUUACGAUAAAUAAAAGCUUUGACAAAGAAUUUCCACCUCUGGGUAAUUUAGUAUUGGAAGAUAAUGAAAGUGUCAGUGACUCAACUGAACCAUGGAAUAAGAUUUCUGAGCAAGAGCAGCAAAUAUCAGUUCUUAUUUCAAAAGAAGAACAAAGUGAUAGAGAGGCAAAAAGCUUGAAUUCAGUGGAAAUAUUACUGAAGCGUUGUUUUCUGGCUGCUCUGAAAUAUCGUGUUACAAAGAAGAAACAGCUACCUUUGGAUAUUGGGGAAUUCUAUUCAUGCUACCUUCUCCCAUGUGUGCCAUCAAAUCAACGAAUUGACUUGAAAAAAACUGAAUAUAAAAAAUUCAGCACUUUUAUAAAAAGUAUCAAUGAAGGUAAAGAUGGACCGGUUAUCUCUCUCACAGCCAGCAAAAAAAAGUCGGAUAUGAUUUCGAAGGUUAAUUGGGAGCAUCCACUGUUGAAAAAUUUUAAGUUAACAGACGAAAGAAUCCAUGAUAUAGCAGCUGAUGAGAAACUAAUUCACAUUGAUGAGUACUUAUCUGUUACGGAACUUGUGUUGGCAAUUUUUCAAGGCUAUGGAAAAGGUGAUUUAGUCGAUAAAACGCAAGCAAGAGAAGUCAUCAUAACAUACAUAAAAUACAAGAAUCCGACAAGAAAGGGUGAGUUAAUUGUACCAGUCGAUCCCAUACUAGUAUCACUUUUGCCCUCUUCUGCACCACUGGAUUGGAAUACUUUGAUUCAGAUAGUUUUGUCAAAGAUGACCAAAACAUACAAAAUUAUUUGGACUGACGGACGACAGCUGAUACGGAAAUCGAGAUUGCCGAAAAUCGUAUUCAAGAUUGAAAGUCGUAGUGGUAACAAGCAAGUUACAUUGGUAAAUAAUUUGAGUGUAUUUGGAAUCGAUCACAAGAGGUUUUGUCAGAAAAUACAAGCCAUUGUGGCUGCAGGUGCUUGUGUGGUUGAUAGCGCUAUUGACUGUGAAGGUCCGCAAAUUCUUGUUCAAGGAAAUCAGAUUUUCUUCAUCAGCAACAUUCUUCUUAAAUACGGCAUUGAGAAGAAAUAUAUGACAGGUCUCGAACUCAUCCCAAAGAAACAGCAGCAGUUAUGCUGUUGA